AAUGAAACCAAAACCAAAACAUGAAAUCGUCCGACGCCACAAACAACAACAACAGUAAAGGACAGAAACAAUAGUGCUUCAAAUAUUUUUGAAUUCUCUUCCUAGAGCUCAGGACUGCAGGCUGUUAAAUAAUAAACUUCAAUACAACAAGGAACGAACUAGGAGGCGGCGCAGGGGCUUCAGGGCUGGCCUGUUAACAAGACUAAAGACAUCAGCCCAUAAUCCUGCUCUGCUCAGCAUCUUCCUCACACACGCGGGGUCACUCAGCAACAAAACAGACAAAUUGGAUUUGCAGCUAUCGCGCAACAGCGCACCGGGACAGAGACCGCGGCUCCGCCAGUGCUGAUCAGUUCAGCUUCAGUAUGUCAGAGGACUCUCCGUCUGAGAUCCGUCUCUCACAGAAACACAGUGUAAGAUCCGGCUCACAUGUGUCUGUGAAGAGUGACCGGUCAAAGGAUGAUAUCAUGCCGAACUUCAGUGAAGAACCAUCACGGACCAAACGGCUUCAGUAUGAAACAGUAGAUCCAGAUUUCCAGACUCACAGGAACCACAAGAAUUUUACAGACAAUCUCCAGCAGAUCUUCCAGGAUCUUGAGAGCAAAAUAAUCACAUUUCUAAAGAAUGAGAUGGAAAAGUUUAAGAAAAUAUUACAAAAAGAGAACACACAAUGCUUUGUGAAGGACUUUAAUGAGAACAGAACUAGUAUCAAAGAAGCAGCUCUUGAUCUCUCGCUCUGCUUCCUGAGAGAGAUGAAGCAAGAUGAAGCUGCUGAUGCUCUAGAAGAUGAGCUGUUGUUCAUUCAUCAGCUGAAAUGUAGCUUAAAGAAGAAGUACCAAUGUGUGUUUGAAGGAAUCACAAAGCAAGGUGACUCCACACUUCUGAAGAACAUCUACACAGAUCUCUAUAUCACUCAGGGUUGUAGUGAACAGGUCAAUACUGAACAUGAGGUCAGACAGAUUGAAGUUGCUUCCAGACGUCAUGAAUCACAAGAAAUACAGGUUGAAUGCAACAAUUUGUUUGAAGCACCUGAACAAGACAAGCAGAUCAGAACUGUGCUGACAAAAGGAGUUGCUGGCAUCGGAAAAUCAGUCUCUGUGCAAAAGUUUGUUCUGGAUUGGGCCGAAGGAAAAGAAAAUCAGGAUAUCAGCUUCAUAUUUCCUCUUCCAUUCAGAGAAAUGAACUUAAAGGAGACAGAAAACCAAAGUCUGAUGGACCUUAUAACUCAGUUUCUUCCAGAGACAGAAGGACUGAACCUUACAAGAAGGAAUCAAUUCAAAGUCUUGUUCAUUCUUGAUGGUUUGGAUGAAUGUCGUCUUCCUCUAGACUUUGCUGGUAAUGAGACGUGGUCAGAUGUAUGGUCACCAGCGUCUCUGGAUGUUCUCCUGACGAACCUCAUCAAGGGAAAUCUGCUUCCUUCUGCUCUCAUCUGGAUCACCACCAGACCAGCCGCUGCCAGUAAGAUUCCUCCUGACUGUAUCGACCGGCUGACAGAGAUACGAGGAUUCAGUGAUGCACAGAAGGAGGAGUACUUCAGAAAAAGAUUCACAGAUGAGGAUCAGGCCAGAGAAAUCACUGAUCAUGUUAAACAAUCAAAGAGUCUCUUCAUCAUGUGCCACAUCCCAGUCUUCUGCUGGAUUUCAGCCACUGUUCUCCAGAACAUUUUGGAGCAGAAAAGAAAUAAUGAUGUGAAAAGCAAUCAGGCUGAUGAUGCCUCCAAAACACUGCAGGAAUCAAACACUGAAGACACUCCCAAGACUCUGACACAAAUGUACACACACUUUCUCCGCUUUCAGAUCCAGCAGAGCAGAAGAAAGUAUGGUGGAGAAUACACACCAGAUGUUUCCUGGGAUAAAGAUGCCAUGCUUUCACUGGGGAAACUGGCCUUUCAACAGCUGCAAAGAAACAAUGUGAUCUUCUAUGACACAGACCUGGAAGCCUGUGGUAUUGAUGUCUAUAAGGCAUCAGUGUAUUCAGGCAUGUGUACCCAGAUCUUUAAGGAGGAAACAGGGAUCAAUGUUGGUACCAUGUACUGCUUUGUCCACUUGAGCAUUCAAGAGUUUAUUGCAGCCCUUUAUGCACAUCUGUUUCUAGACAUCAACAAGAAAAGUGUGUUUGAUCAUGAGUCUACAGAACAGAAAAAUAAGAAUAAAACAAUGAUUGAUUUGCUCAAGACUGCAGUGGACAAGGCACUUGAGAGUAACAAUGGACACCUGGACCUUUUCCUUCGAUUCCUCCUCGGUUUGUCACUCCAGUCCAAUCGUCGACUCUUAAGAGGUCUGUUGACACAGCAAGACAGCAGUGACCAGAGCAAUGAGGAAAUAGUUCAGUACAUCAAGCAGAAAUUAGAAGCUGAUCUGUCUCCAGAGAGAUCCAUCAAUCUGUUCUACUGUCUGAAUGAACUGAACGAUCAAACUCUGGUGAACGAGAUUCAGACCCACCUCAGCAAAGGAAGUCUCUCAUCUGCUGACCUUUCACCUGCCCAGUGGUCUGCUUUGACCUUUGUGUUGUUGACCUCAGAGGAGGAGCUGGAGGAGUUUGAGCUUCAGAAAUUCAAGAAAUCAGACGAGUGUCUCAUUCGACUAUCAGCAGUCAUCAAAACCUCCAAAAGAGCUCUACUAAAUGAUUGUGGCUUAACAGACAAAAGCUGUUCAGCUCUGGCUACAGUUCUUGGAUCAGAUACCAAUCUGAAAGAGCUGAACAUGAGCAAUAAUAAUCUGCGGGAUUCUGGAGUGAAGCUGCUCUGCACUGGACUGAAGAAUAUAAAGUGUCAUUUAGAGAUACUGAGGCUCUCAGACUGCAGUAUCACUGAAGAAGGUUAUAAAGCUCUGUCUUCAGCUCUGAGAUCAAACCCUUCACACCUGAUAGAGCUGGAUCUCACUGGAAAUGAUCCUGGACAAUCAGGAGUGAAGCAGCUCGAUGAUUUACUACAGGAUCCAGACUAUCAGCUGAAGACACUGAGGUUUUUGGGUUCUGCUGCAGAUGAAGGCUGUCAGUAUGUGAGAGGAAUUGUGGGUAAAAACCCGUUACUCCUGAGAGAGCUGGAUCUGAGUAAACGUGAGCUAGGAGACACACGAGUGAAUCAGAUCGCUGCUCUAAUGCAGCAUAAACACUGUACACUCAACACACUCCAUCUGUGGGGAUGCAGUAUUACAGAGAAACAGAGUCUGAUCCUGACUUCAGCUCUGAAAUCAAACCCAUCACACCUGAGAGAACUGGACCUGAGCAGGAAUAAUCUCGGAGACUCUGGAGUGAAAAGCCUCAGUGAUCUACUGAUGAACACACAAUGCAAGCUGCAGAAACUGAAUCUGUGUGGAUGUAGUAUUACAGAGAAACAGAGUCUGAUCCUGACUUCAGCUCUGAAAUCAAACCCAUCACACCUGAGAGAACUGAACCUGAGCUGGAAUCAAAUAAGAAACACUGGAGUGAAUCACUUAUGUGACGUACUGAAGGAUUCAGACUGUAAACUGGAGAGAUUGAGGCUCUCAGACUGCAGUAUCACUGAAGAAGGUUAUAAAGCUCUGUCUUCAGCUCUGAGAUCAAACCCUUCACACCUGAUAGAGCUGGAUCUCACUGGAAAUGAUCCUGGACAAUCAGGAGUGAAGCAGCUCAAUAAUUUACUACAGGAUCCAGACUAUCAGCUGAAGACACUGAGGUUUUUGGGUUCUGCUGCAGAUGAAGGCUGUCAGUAUGUGAGAGGAAUUGUGGGUAAAAACCCGUUACUCCUGAGAGAGCUGGAUCUGAGUAAACGUGAGCUAGGAGACACACGAGUGAAUCAGAUCGCUGCUCUACUGCAGGAUAAACACUGUACACUCAACACACUCCAUCUGUGUGGAUGCAGUAUUACAGAGAAACAGAGUCUGAUCCUGAGUUCAGCUCUGAAAUCAAACCCAUCACACCUGAGAGAACUGAACCUGAGCGGGAAUCAAAUAAGAAACACAGGAGUGAAUCACUUAUGUGACGUACUGAAGGAUUCAGACUGUAAACUGGAGAGAUUGAGGUUAGGAUGGUGUUAUAUGACAGAUGAAGGUUGUUCUGCUGUGACUUCAGCUCUGAAAUCAAACCCAUCACACCUGAGAGAACUGAACCUGAGCUGGAAUAAUCUCGGAGACUCUGGAGUGAAAAGCCUCAGUGAUCUACUGAUGAACACACAAUGCAAGCUGCAGAAACUAGAUCUUUAUAACUGUGGCAUUACAGAUGUUUCUUCUUUAGCUCAGUCUUUGAGAAACACAAAAGCGCUGCAGUUUCUAAAAGAGCUUGAUCUGAGAUGUAAUAAGAUUGGAGACUCGAAGCAGCGGCUCAUUGAUGUGAUACGAGACUCAAACUGUAAACUGAGUUACAGAGUAGAUGCUCAAUCUCCAACAGUCCCUGAGAGAGUCGCUGAGAGAGUUCAGUUGAUUAUAAAAGCUGUAAAUCAUAGUUAGAGAUGAUGAUGAGAGGAGCAGUGAACAUCAGGUGGAAAAGAGGAAGAAGCUCAGAUGAGUCUGUCUGGAUCUUCAGUUUAAGAUCUACAGAUAUAAUAAUAUUUGUAUUAAACUCAUCCAUAAUGAUUCAUGUGUUUCUAAUCAUAAAUGUGAUUGUCAAGUGCAGCACUUAAACGUAUCAAAAGAUAUAAAGCAAAUCUACAAUUUCCAUGUCACUUAAAACAUUUACAUGAUCUCUCUCUCAUUUUAUACUCAUUGUUACUCUGUUAUAUUAUAUUAAGUUAAUUAUGUGUGUGUGUGCUGUUAAUGUACAGAUAUCCAGUAUAUUGUCAGAGGAAGAGAGAUUCUCUUUCUUAAAUAAAUGCAUGAAACAUAAAACCGUGUGAGUGAUUGUAACAACGGAGUUCAGGAUCCAAAUGCAAGGCUUUAUUAAAUCUCCUUUGUUUUCCUCUUUUUCUUCUUGAAUUGAACUCUUGUUUCUUUCCUCAGGCUUAUAAAUAACAACAAAAAAAUCAAUUUUUGAUGCAUUUUGUUUAUAUGAAUAUUAUGAUUAUUCAAAGAUUUUUAACAUUGUCAUUGUGCUUUUUCUGUGUAUAUAAUCUCAUACUAUGAUAUAGUGUGAUUUGUCAUUAUGA